ACUUGCAACACAGGGAUGGGGACAAGCUGGUGUCCUCCACAGUCCUGUCAAGUUUAACUCGGAUAAAAAAAAGAAAAUUUUGUGUUUUAACAAACUUCGAGAAGACCUGCGACUGAAUUUUGAACUCCUUUGCGUCGUAUACUGUCAUGAUACAAUAUGGAGGAACUGCCCUGGAACAGAUAAGAAGUGAAGGAUAGGGGAAGAGAGACAAGAAGGAGGCAGUUUAAGAGAAAGAAAGAACUUAUCACCAACAUACACAAGACAUCAUGUCCACCUCGAUAAAGCACGAGAGAACUAUUUGUGUUCUCCUCCCCAACAAGGACCAGCUGGACAUCACCGUCGGGCUGAAGUCCACGGGGCAGGAUGUUUUUAAUCGAGUGGCAGAGCUUCUUGGAAUCAAAGAGCUGCACUUCUUUGGCUUCACAGUUGUGAAGGACAAUGAGCACAUAUUUAUAGACAUGGAGGAGAAACUGACUAAGUACUUUCCAAAGGAAUGGAAGCAAGAUUCAGUAAAGGGAUUACACAGAAGGCCGCUGCCUCUAGUGCUUUGCCUCAAAGUGCAGUACUACAUAGAAAACGGCAGACUCAUUUGUGAACGUAAGGCACGGCAUCUGUAUUACUCAGACUUGCGGGAACGGGUGCUUCGCUCUGAAUGUCGUCAGCAGGAGGAGGUGUACUUCCAGUUGGCAGGUUACGCCUUGCAGGCUAACCUUGGUGACCACCCGCUGCCAAAGGACGAUAUGGAGGUCACUCCUUACUUUGAACCUAAGGAGUAUUUUCCCCCUUGGAUUGUAGCUAAGAGGGGAGUAAAUUACCUCCUCUGCCAUGGGCCCAAGGUGCAUCAGGAGCUGUGGGGCAUGUCUGCUCGGGAUGCCAUGCUGCUCUUCAUCAGGGAGUCAUGUCGACUGGAGGAUGUACCUGUCACGUUUUACAAACUGCAAAAGGACAAAAAGGCAGAGAGAGGAACGGCAUUGCUCGGUCUGACCCUGCGAGGAAUGCAGGUUUAUCAGGAGGUGAACAAUAUUCGACAGCUGCUGUACGACUUCCCCUGGUCAAACGUGGGCCGUCUCACCUUCCUGGGCAAGAAAUUCGAGAUCCAGCCAGAUGGCUUGCCAUCAGCCAGGAAGCUGGUUUACUACACCGGGUCAUCGUUCCGCUCUCGCCACCUCCUGCUGCACCUGAGCAGCAGCCAUCGCAUCUACCUCAGCCUUCAGCCUGCCCUCAAACACCUACGCCAGCUGGAGGAGAGCGAAGAAAAAAAGCGUUACAGAGAGUCAUAUAUCAGUGAUGACCUGGACUUGGACCCCCCAGGCAGUGAGAGCAGCCCUGGUCUGUCUCGACACUCCACCAGCAGCUCUGGGAUUGAAGCCGACGCCCGUCAACACAGCAUCUCCACGGAGAUGGCCUCCAUGGAGGAGGAAGGUCAACGGCAAGCAGAGAAGGGCUUCAGCUCAGGAGCCAGCCGUGGCAGCUCCUGUACCUCUGGGUUUGACACCGGCAGUAAAGCUCGAAUAGAAGAUGAGGGGUGGCAAGAGGAAGUACACACCUUGAGCCCUUGUACACAUGAGAUCAAAACCAAUAUUGGAAGUCCAAAGGAGGUUCUUGUGGAUGAUCCAUACGAGAUGUUCCAGUUGGCUGAUCUUCUUGAAGGAGUGUCAGUCGAUUGUUCAGAACUCUCCUCAGAGACUCACUCACCAAAAAACAAAGCCUGUACCCCAGACAGUGAUGAAGACCUUGAGAAGUUACAUAACAAGGAUAUGUUAAAACAGAUGCUGAAAUCUAGGGCACAAGUAAGCGUGGAUCGGCACAGCCACAGUCUAGAUGAUGUACGUCUGUUUCCACCUCCAGUCCCCCUGGGGACGACACUGCCACCUGAUUCCUCCCACAGCUACACCUUUGGCCUCCUAGAUGCCUCAACAAACACAAAGACCCCUGUUGGUGACAGUUAUCAUCCCCUUUUGCACUGCCAAGACAAACCCUCCUUCUAUGGCCGCAGGUCUACCAACUGCCUCUCCCUGGACAUGUUAGGUGAUGAACAGUUUCUGGAAUUCCUUCUUUGAAUACAUCAAGUGUUGAUGUCCACAAAUAGGCCCGUUCUCUUCCAUUUACAGUGCAGCUUAACACAUAGGUUGCCAGCACAUGAAUGUCUCAGUUUUCUACUGUGUGGUGAUGACAAUGUGGGAUGUGUGUGUUUCAAAUUGCAGAGACACAUUGGUAAAAAUGACGGGACCCCUCAUUCCUCUUAGAAAAGAUGUGGAUUAGAGAACAGAGACCUUAAUCAGCAACAUUUCGAUCAGUGAGCAGAGCAUAUUUAUUAUUGUAUAUUAUGUACAUACUACUUGCACUAUUUUAUUACAUAUCACCUUUUGAGUAAAAAUGGUUCUAAUCAAUUGUAUUGUGUUUUGUAAAGUUCAGGCUGUUCAAAUGUUUCUGAAAUGUCCAAAUAAGUUGAUGUCAGGGGCAGAGUGUUUGACAGGAAGAGAUAUUUGGUCAUUUUAAGGCUAUGCACUCGUGCUGUAUUGGACAUUCAGAUGGGACUUAUCUCCCUUGCCAUAAACCUAUUUGAUAAUAUAAACGCUUAAAUUUCCUUGUUUCAUUCAGGAGAAUCUCCAGAAGCCACGGUGCUAAUGUUUUCACUCCUGUUUUUUAUCAUGUUUUUUUAAAUCAUAUUUUAUAACAUACUCUAUUUUUGUAUAGUGUGCUCUGUCAUGCUUUUCCUAUUAGUCUGCCACAGCAAUGUAGCUGCCGAUGUGGAAAAUUGAACCUCUUUACAGCUGGUAAUGCAUUCAUCCAAAGCUCCCCCAUUCUAUACUGUCACCCCGCUGUCUUAAUUAAGUAUUCUUUGUAAAGCACUAUUUCUGUAACCAGUAAAUGUAUAAUGAAUCUGCAGUAUUUUUGUAUUAUGUAACCCUGAAACAAAGAGUCUUUCUGUCAUUUUCUUUCUCAGAUGUUAUGUUCACUGUUUUGUACAUGAUAAUUGGUAUGCAAAAGAAGUGAUGUCAUAGCUGAUAGGAGCUCACUUGGAAUGAUUGUAAGUCAUUAACCACAUCAACUUUUUCUCAAUGCCAAUAAUGUACAAACUGUUAGAGUUAAUUCGCAAUACUGAACAAUUCAUUUUUUAUCUAAAGCAAUGUUUUUUAUCUUAGUGAAAAUAAAUUCUUAUCCAA